UAAAUAGAAGACAGAGAUGCAUAUGAAGACAAGUGCAUGUGUGAAGGUACUUGAAGACAAGCGUGUGAAGCUACUUGAAGACAAGCUUUUGAUUGGACAAUCAAUGAUGGCACACUAUAGGGGUAACAUUUUGGAUAUGGACCUGAGAUGUAGUUUAAACAACUUGGCUCACCACACCAGGGAGAUCGAUUGGGAGCGCUUGAUUGUGCGUAGGGGUCAGCCCUUUGCCAUCUCUGUGCAGUGCUCUGAGUCUGCGCACCGCGAAAACCUGGCUUUGGUCCUGCACCUUGGCAAGCAAGAUGAGGUGAUCAAGGUUGAGAAGGGCAGCCGGAGCAAAGACGGUUGGUGGUUUACGCAGGAGAAAGCGCUGCUGACUGUUCACAGCCCGCCGAACGCCAUCAUCGGCCAUUACCGCCUGGACGUGUUGGUGAUGUCACCCAAUGGGCAUGUGUUGGAGAAGAACGACAAACAUGACUUCCACCUGCUUUACAACCCCUGGUGCAGAGAUGAUGCUGUUUACCUCUCUGAUGAGAACCUCCUUCAGGAGUACAUCAUGAAUGAGAAUGGGAUCAUUUACGUGGGCUCCUCGAGCCAAAUCCAAGGCCACCAUUGGCACUUUGGACAGUUUGAUGACAAUGUGAUGGACAUCUGUUUUCAAAUUCUGGACAACUCCAAUGAUGCAUUGAGAAACUCAGAGAAGGACUUGAAGCAAAGAUGCGACCCGGUUUACGUUAGCAGGAUCAUCUCAGCCAUGAUAAACGCCAACGGGGACCGGGGCGUAUUGGCAGGCAAGUGGGAGGAGCCGUACACUGGCGGAGUCCCACCUUCAAAAUGGACCAGCAGCGUUCCGAUCCUCCAAAAAUGGAGCGAUGGCAGGGCCAGACCGGUGAAAUACGGCCAGUGUUGGGUCUAUGCUGCUGUGGCCUGCACAGUACUGCGUUGCCUGGGAAUCCCGACACGUCACAUUACCAAUUUCUCUUCAGCUCAUGACACUGAUGGAAACCUUUCUGUAGACUUCUUGUUCAAUGAAAAAAUGGAGAGUCUUGAUUCAAGAGGAAGGUCUGACAGCACAUGGAACUUCCAUUGUUGGGUAGAGUCCUGGAUGACGAGACAGGAUCUCCCACAGGGAAAUGAUGGCUGGCAGGUUUUGGACCCAACACCACAAGAAUUGAGUGAUGGUCAGUUCUGCUGUGGUCCAUGCCCUGUUAGAGCCAUCAAGGAGGGCAAUCUGGGCGUCAAGUAUGAUGCCCCCUUUAUAUUUGCUGAGGUGAACGCUGACGUCAUCAACUGGAUUGUCCGAAGAAACGGCGAGCGUCAGAAGAUCAGAGUGUCCGAGGACAGUAUUGGCCUUAACAUCAGCACCAAAAGUGUUUUCAACAACAGCAGAGAAGAUGUCACGUCACACUACAAAUAUCCAGAAGGCUCCAAAAAAGAGAGAGAGGUUUACGAGAGGGCGGGACGUCGAGGUAGAGAGACCUCCCCUGAGAGGACAAAACCAGGCAAACUGCAGAUGACCAUCAAACAUGUCAAAGCUGUAUUCGGGUCAGACUUUGACGCCGUUGUUGAGUUGAAGAACGACGGUGGCGUCGAAGUCAACGCUCGUCUGACCUUGGUGGCCACGUCGGUAACAUACAACUGUCUAGGCCGGGGGGAGAUUGAUAGACAAACCAAGAACGUCUCUGUGCCAGCCCACAAAGUUCACAAGGAGGUGCUGCGUGUGCGCUACAACGACUAUGCCAAGUAUGUCUCUGAACAACACAUGGUCAAAAUGAGGGCACUCCUGGAGAUACAAGGGGAGGACAAUCCCGACAUGGCCGUGGCCAAUAUCCCGCUCAGCUUGCCUGAGAUCCUUGUGGAGGUUCCAAGUAAAGCCGUUGUACAUCAAGCAGUGACUGGCUCCAUCUCCUUUACCAACCCUCUCCCAGUGCCCCUGAAACGAGGUGUUUUCACUGUGGAGGGGUCUGGCCUGGUGUCCCCCACCGUGGUCAAGAUGCACGAUGACAUCGGCCCAGGUCAGAAAAUCUGUGUCAAGCUCAGUUUUACCCCCACGCGGGCCGGCAUGAAGAAACUCCUUGUGGACUUUGACUCAGAUCGCCUCCAAGACGUGAAGGGAGCCGCUACAGUGAUGGUUGGCCAGUCUUUCAAUAGACUCUAUUAAUCAUAAAAAAAAUUAUUGUCAGCUAGCACAUGCAACGCAGUUUAAAGCAUCACCCAAAAAUGAUUUAUGCUUCUACUUUACAUUUAGGCUUUAUGGUACUACUUCACAUUCCACAUAAAUAAGUCAGAUUUCUUCUAUGCACUGCAGUGCAGAAUUUAAAACACAAACAAAUGAGCACUUGUACAAUAAUAAAAUCAGCAGCAUCAUAUUCAUAUAUGUAUCGCAAAUCAAACGUCUUUUGCUUGUAUGCGUGGUAGAAAUGAUUUAUUCCUGAAAUGUGUGCACUAUUCAAAUAUUGUGUUUGAAGCUGAAAUGCAAGAUUUGCUCAGGAUUCUUUUAAUAAAGAUUGUUUUUUGAAUUGAU